AUGUCUGACCCCGUCGCUGCGAAGUCUACUUUUCUAUGCAUGUACAUGUCUAGCCACCCAGACACGCUCGUCGCCUAUGUCAAACAUUUUGGAAGUGUGCGAGAGGAUGUGUCGAGCGCACAGAUGACAUCCAUUGACACUAAGGGCAUGACAUUGUCCUAUCAAACUACAGGCAAGCCCAGCGACAAGAAGCAGGUCUACGUAGAGUUCGAUCCACCCCUCACGGGGUAUGAAGAAGUCAAGCCGCGGUUGAUCACCAUGAAGUUGGAUGCUGAGGAGGCGUUAGGCAUGGUUCGUGCGCCUCAAGUCACCGAAUUCCGCUUUCCUACCUUUGCGCUCGUCACCGUCGCGGCCAUGACUUUCCUCGUCUACGUCACUAUGUCACCUUCAGCUCCAGACCCUUCAGGAUUAUUUCAGAUUGGAUAUCUUGUGCGAACGAAUGUACCGUCAUGGGCAGUAACGGCAUCCUGGGGAAUGGUGGUCGUAAUGCACGGUUCCGAAGCCUUGUAUUCUCUUGCCCUCUGCAAGAAACACCGAACACCACUUGUUACCGGAAUGCUCUACACGCUGGGCACCGCCCUUUUGGGUCUGCCUAUUCUCUCUGAAUUGCGUCGGCAAGCACAAACUGCCCGGAUUGAGAGCGUCAUGAAAGGGAAAUGA